AUGGUGGACAAGGCCGGAAAAGGAAGAAAGGAGGAGGUCGUUACCAGGGAGUACACCAUCAAUCUCCACAAGCGCUUGCAUGGAUGCACCUUUAAAAAGAAGGCUCCAAACGCCAUAAAGGAAAUCAGGAAGUUUGCUCAAAAGGCCAUGGCUACUACUGAUGUCAGAGUGGAUGUUAAACUCAACAAGCACAUUUGGAGCCGUGGGAUUCGAAGUGUGCCAAGAAGGGUUCGCGUCCGAAUUGCACGAAAGAGAAACGAUGAAGAAGAUGCCAAGGAAGAGUUCUACUCCCUGGUUACUGUUACAGAGGUUCCACCAGAGGGAUUGAAGGGUUUGUGUACCAAGGUGGUUGACGAAGAAGACUGA